ACAUAUCUGCUAUGAUUAUCAUGGGCAGGCUAAUACAAUAAUAUCAAAUAUGAUCUACGCACUACCUCGUGGCUAUCCACAUUUUUUUGUACAUAGAAUUGGUUUUCUCCCUAAUCACGGUGCUGGUUGGAAUUACCGUCACGCGCGUUGCGGGACGGACACGAUAUACAGUACUUACUAAUGUUGCGUCUACCCGGAGAAACAUCGGGACAUAUGAUCCCCCAUGUGUGCCGUGAACUACGAUAUUCAGAACUACGAUACAGGUGAUCUCGAUUCUCGACAUGAUUUGUACUAUAUAGUAGCUCCAGAGGAUUGAUCCCUCCGCUCUUACUCCCGCAACCAUGAGCAUCACCAGAUCUUUGACAGAAGAUUGGUCUUUCACCCAAGUAGGCGGCGGACAGGGCACGAAGAACGACGAAUGGUUGGCGGUAUCGCAGUUGCCCACCACCGUGCACGUUGAACUUCUGAAGGCGGAUCGUAUUCCCGACCCGUUCCUGGGUCUCAAUGAAUGGGAGGUUCAAUGGGUCGGAGAGUCCGACUGGGCUUUCAAGAAUACCUUUAAGGUUUCUGCGAAGGAACUUGCGGCCACGAACGUGGACCUUGUGUUCGACGGUCUUGAUACUUUCGCAAGCGUGGAGUUUAAUGGACAUAAAAUCUUGGACACGGAAAAUCAAUUUAUCUCAUACAGAGCACCUGUGAAACAAUACUUGAAACAGGGUGACAAUGAGCUUGUUAUCAGCUUCUCGAGUGCGUUCCUGAGGGGGAGGGAAAUGGAGAAAGCUCACGGGACGUUGCACCUUUGGAACGGUGAUUCCAGUCGCUUGCAUGUACGCAAGGCACAGUACAAUUAUGGUUGGGACUGGGGGCCAGUUUUGAUGACCAUUGGCCCAUGGAAGCCUAUUACCCUUCACACGUAUAACGUCCGCCUCACGGAUGUUGACAUCAGAAGCAACGUGUCGGAGGCACUGGACGUAAAGGUCACCGUUGACUUGACGCUGUCCGAGAAAGCUUCCGGAUUGGCAUCUGUUGUGCUGAAAAAUGCACAGAACUCUGUAAUCCUUACAGAGGACAAUCUACAAGUCGGUUCUGGGAGUGCUCGCGCUGAGUUCCACUUCUCGCCUGGAGAGCUUGAACUGUGGUAUCCAGUUGGAUAUGGCGAGCAACCUCUAUAUGCAGUCGAGAUCACUGUUUCUGAUUCGCAAGGAAACACUCUGGACACAAAAACACAGAAAGUCUCGUUCCGCCGUGUUCGAGUUGUCCAGGACAUUCUUGUUGAUCAGGAAGGCCUCACUUUCUUGUUCGAAGUAAACAACAUCAGGAUUUUCUGUGGUGGCUCUAACUGGAUCCCCGCCGAUUCUUUCCUCACUACUCUUACUCCGGGGAAGUAUCGUGCAUGGCUUCAACUUCUCGUGGAUGGUAAUCAGAAUAUGAUUCGUGUCUGGGGAGGGGGCAUCUAUGAAUACGAUGUUUUCUACGAUAUUUGUGAUGUUCUUGUUUGGCAAGACUUUAUGUUUGGCUGCGGUCAAUACCCAGCAUACGAUUCUUUCCUGAAACUUGUCGAAGUUGAGGCAGAACAAAACGUCAAGCGAUUGAGACACCACCCAUCUAUUGUCAUCUUCACUGGAAACAACGAGGACUACCAACUUGCAGAGUCAAUAAAUAUCGUGGAUUACUCUGACGAAACUUCGGACUUCCGAAAGACCCAGUUCCCCGCCCGGUAUAUAUAUGAGCGGACGUUGCCAUCUAUCGUCCGCAAAUUCUGCGAUAUUCACUACCAUCGCAGUUCCCCUUACAGCGCUCCAGGCACAGUUACCACAGACAAGACACUCGGGGACCUUCACCAAUGGAAUGUAUGGCAUGGGUCUCAAGAACCGUGGCACAACUGGGAUAUACUCGCUGGUCGCUUCGUAUCUGAAUUCGGAAUGGAGGGAUACCCCAACAUUCGCACUGUUGAUUAUUGGCUUGCUGGUGACAAAUCAGAGCGAUAUCCUCAGUCCCGCGUCAACAAUAACCAUAACAAGGCCGCUGGCUUCGAACGCCGGUUGGAGCUCUACCUCGUGGAAAACUUCAAGCAUGCUUUCGAUAUGGACAGCUAUGUGUAUUACACACAAAUCAUGCAAGCUGAGACGCUUGCAUCUGCUUACCGACUUUGGAGGAGAAACUGGCGUGGAAAGGGUAGGGAGCACACUGCUGGUGCUCUCGUAUGGCAGAUCAAUGACUGCUGGCCAACUACGUCAUGGGCCAUCGUCGAUUACUUCUUGCGGCCCAAGCCGGCGUAUUUCGCGAUUGCACGCGAAUUGCGUCAGUACACGGUCGGGAUGACACGCAAGGAGAAGAAGACAUUUGCGAAUGAUCUAUCAGCUGCACAGUUCACAAUUGCAACAAUUCUCGAUAUCUGGGGCACGAACAGCACUCUAUUAGAGAAGAAGGCCAAACUUGAAGUUACUUGCUUCGACCUUCACUCCUCCUGGACGGCGCAGUUCUUCAAGGAUGUUGUGCUCGCUCCCAAUUCCAGCACUGAGUUGUACUCGGGUGACCUUCCCGGUCAGCCAGUACGCACGAAAGAGAGUGAAGUGCCACGUGCGAUCAUUGUCUCAGCACGUCUCCUUGAUGUAUCCGGAACCGUCCUUGGUAGAUACUCCAAUUGGCCAGAACCUUUCAAAUUCAUCAACUUCCCUAGCGUCAAAGAUCUAGGGUUUUCCGUCGAAACCGGCGGCGAUGGCGAUUCCCUCAAGCUCUCGACUCAGAGACCUAUAAAAGGAAUUAUUCUAGAUGCUGAAGGCGAGGACGUGAAGUGGAGCGACCAGGCCAUCGAUCUGGUUCCAGGAGAUCCCCAGAUUGUAAAGGCCAUUGGGUUGAAGGGUAGGAAUGUCAAGGUCCGCUUUCUUGGCGAUGGUACGGCAUAG